AUGGAGGAAGUAAGUAGAUUAACUGACUGGACACGUUGCGCCAUUUGCCAGAAUGACAAAAACGAGCCACUGAGGUGUCCUGCAGAAUCGAUUGCUAAAAGCAACAUAGGAGCUGGGUACAAUACACUAGCCCACAACAUUGCUGAACUCUCCAACCUUGGUUGUUUACCAAAUGAUUUUGACGGCCUGUCAAGAUUAGAUGAAGGGGAUGGAUUAGAAGAAACGUUUUCUCGGCGGCGUGCCAGAUGGCAUCUUAGUUGUUAUGGGAAAUUUAAUUCUACUAAGGUUGAGCGAGCAAGAAAGCGACGAGCUUCUAGUGAUAAGCAGGCAGUUGGUGGGAAAUAUACAAGGUCAAGUGUGUCUACUUCAGCAACACGUUCGACUGCUGAGGCGGGAAAUACUGCGCCGACAUGCUUUCUUUGCGAUGAGCCAGGGAUGCUUAAAAAGGCAUUGCACCAAGUAUCCACUCUCAAUCUUGAUCUUCGAGUGAGACAAUGUGCUUACACACUUCAGGAUGAGAGGCUUUUGGCAAAACUUAGUGCAGGAGACCUUGUUGCUUUGGAGGCCCGUCACCACGCGCCUUGCAUCGUAUCGCUUUACAAGAAAGCCAGAGUGGCCCAAGAAAAGGAUGUAGAAGAGGAAGUCGACCAGCGACCAGAUGGUAUUGUGCUUGCAGAGCUGGUUACAUACAUUGAAGAGAGACGUGCCACUAGCGAUAAAGAACAUCCAGCAGUAUUUAAACUUUCCACUUUAGGUAAUAUGUACAAUACUCGGAUUGCACAGCUUCUAAAUGAAUCCACACCGCGUUCUAAAUACCCUACGCAGUUAAAAGAGCGCAUACUCACUCAGUUACCAGGUCUCCAAGAUUACAAACAAGGACAAAACGUUUACUUAGCAUUCGGUGAUGACCUUGGUGCUACAGUACAUAGUGUACAUGAAUCAUGCGAUGAAGAGGCAAUCCACCUCGCCAGGGCAGCAUCUAUCCUUAGGAAAGAUAUAUUUUCUAAGAAAUGUCAGUUUGACGGGUCAUUCGAGCAAGAAUGUCAGCUCAAAUCCGUUCCAGCAUUGCUUCUCUCGUUAGUGAACAUGAUCCUAUAUGGCCCAAGUAUAGACAUGCAAUCUAGCGCCAUGUCGAAAAGUCAAGCCGGUCUCACGAUUAGCCAGGUUAUCCAGUUCAAUAGCUUUAUACGACGACGUGGUGAAGACGCAAAGCAAGAGCGGCGAAAUAAAAAUCGAGAAACACCACCAGCAUUAUUCAUCGGACUUUCCAUUCAUGCCAGGACGUGCAGCUGUGAUCUCAUAGAGACAAUGCAUGACUUGGGACUGAGUGUGUCUUAUGAUAGAGUUCUUGCGAUUUCCACCGACUUAGGAAAUGCUGUGUGCCGUCGUUACCAAGAGGAUGGUGUUGUUUGUCCACCAAAUCUACGUCUAGAAUUGUUUACAACCGCAGCAGUAGACAACAUCGAUCAUAAUCCUAGUUCGACAACAGAAAAUGAUUUGUUCCAUGGCACAGGCAUUUCCCUAUUUCAACAUGUCACUGCAGACGUACCUGGAAUAGCUAGAGAACGUACCCCUCUGAUGAAAUCAGCUGAAGGUACUAAGAAGGUCAUUGCCUUGCCGGAAAGCUAUACCCAAGUUCCACCAGCCGCUCUUCCAAACAUGCCUCAGCAACAAACUGAAGAUGGCGACAACAUCGGUACAGCGUUUGCGGAGGAGUUAAACUGGCUUCAAAAUGUGAACAGUCUAAUCGAGGGUAAAAUGUAAACAAUCAAUUCUCCUGGGCAGCCUAUCAUUGUGCUGUAGGCUUAAUACAGAAAGCAGUAUCAGCAACAUCUGCAGUAUCUGCCUUAUUACCCCUCUUCCCGGAUGAAGCCAAGUCCGUCGCUAUGAUAAAGCAUUCAAUGGAUGUUAUUAAAGCAUCUGUAGAAUACAUUAAUCCAGGUCAGGUACCCGUGAUCGCUUUUGACCAACCCCUCUAUGCAUUGGCAAAGCAGAUUCAGUGGAAUUGGAGAGACCUCUAUGGUGAGCAGAAGUUUGUCGUUAUGUUCGGUGGCUUGCAUAUUGAACAGGCGUUUCUCAAGACACUUGGAAGCUGGCUAGAAGACAGUGGUUGGACUGCUGUGUUAGUCGAUGCUGAUGUUGCCUCCUCUGGUACUGCUGACUCAUUCAUCAAGGUGGCAAAUAUCAAACAGACAAGGAAGGCUCACCAAGUGACUGUAAGUGCCCUGCAUGUCUUGUUACAGAAUGCAUAUGCAAAAUAUCAGCAAGACGUCGAUGACGAUGAUUGCGCCCUUCCGUUUGAUGAUUGGUGUACUCAACAGGUAUUACAAGUACCCCAGUUUCAUUUCUGGUAUCUAACUAUGCAGCUUGAGUUAUUGCUUCUUGUUUUCGUGAAGUCCAUCCGCCAGGCUAACUUUUCUUUGUUUAUCGAUUCCAUUGCUAAGAUGCUGCCAUGGUUUUUUGCCUUGAACCAUCACAACUACGCUCGUUGGUUGUCCGUCCAUUUGCUGGAUAUGCGCGCAUUACCUCACACAGCACCGGAUGUUGCAUGUAGGUUCGACGACGGUUUUUUCACCGUAAACAAGUCAUCUAAGCGUUUCUCAGCUAUUGCUAUUGACCAAGCGCAUGAACAGAACAAUGUAAUUGUGAAAGGAGACGGCAGUGCUGUUGGUUUGACAGAGAACGCAAGUGCUCUUAGACGCUGGAUGGUAUCUGGACCGGAGAUAGCGCAGGUCGUAAAUGAGUUUGACGAUGAGAUAAAAGUUGCAUCAAGUAACGACGUCAAAACAGACCAUCACGAACAGAACAGAUCAUUCCAGAUGACGUCAUUCAAAGAUGUCAAGGCACUAGUCGCUUCAAUGGAAGACCUAGGUAACCCCUUUAUUGAAGAGAGCAAGGAACUGUUAGUAUUGGACACUGCAAAGGAUAUUGCAAGUCCCGAAGCACUGAAAACACUCCGUGAAAUAGAAACAAUCGGCAAAGAGCAAAGCGAUACCUUUGUGAAGGAGUGCUUGGUUGAGCGAACGAAGUCAUUGUAUGAUCCUAUCAAGAAAAACAAGCUUUACCUCUUCAGCACACCUACCCCGAAAAAGUCGAAGGCGUCACAACAAGUUUCCUCCCUUAAGAGCAACUGUGCAUUGUUUGCAAGACUGUACAUCUCCUGUCAAUCCAGGGACGGUGAUCUCGACGAGUUUUUAAACACGAAAACCAAGGUUGUCCUCCAUCUCUGUCUAAUCUAG